AUGUCCGGCUCGCUGAACUUCAAUCGCCAGUCGUUAGAGCUUCGCAGCCAGGAAUCCUCACUAUUGCCCGCCAUUAGCGCUGGCACAAAUGCUGAACAUGUCAAUGCCAGCAACACAGAUACGUCGGCAUCUGCUGGCACCGCUUCUGCCUCUGUCUCUGCCUCUGCUACUGUCUCAGCUUCAGCCUCAGCCACGGCCACAACCACCAACAUCGGCUUGGGUGCCUCACAGCGUCGCCGCCAGCGCAAAGGCAUCACACAGCGACAGGAUUCGUGGUUUCGCCACUCAAUGCCACCAGCAUUGACGCGUGAUUUUGAAUCGAUCGAGAAUUUGGCGCAGAACACUACAAAUGGAUUGGAUGAACAGUUGGCCGCCUCGCUUUCGGGUCGCUUUGGCGCAUCCACAUCAGCGUCAUUGGCCGCCUCGGCGGCGCAUAGUGGCGGUAGUGGCAGUUUGACUGUGUGCGGCUUUGGCAUCGGCGGUCUCGGUGGUUUCGGUGGGAGUGGACAGAGUGGUGGUGGCGGCGGCAUGGUCAAUCGUGUUAGCGGCGGUGGCAUCAAUCUCAAUAGUGCCAAUAGCAAUUUGGGUUUCAUCGAUUCGGAUGAAUCGAAUACACAGACUCCUAUUACGCCGCUUGCCUCGCAUUCGGCAUCCAUUUAUGGUGGUUUGCAGCAACAGGGUUCUGUGUCGGCUGCUUCGAUGGCUGGCACGGUUUCAUCGUCGAAUGCGAUUGGUAAUGGUGGCGGAGGUGGAGGCGGUGUCUGUCGAAGGCAUAGAUCGAAGCGGCGCAAGGAUUCGAGAGCAUCGGUGUUGUCAAAGCAUAGCGGUAAUAGUGUGAGAAGUCGCGCCUCGGCUUUGGCUGCAAGAGCUGGUCUACAUAUGACAGCGUCGUUUUUGCGCAAAAAACGAAAGGAGUACGAAGGUGAGUGA